CAUAAUAAUUCCAAGCGACAUCGUUUCAGUUCUUGUCCUCUACCCGCUAAACACAAACAAAAGAAAUCACAGCAAAACCCUAGAACUCAAAGAAAAGAAGGGGAAAAAAAAAAAUGGCAAUCGCUAGAACUGGAGUCUACGUCGACGAUUACCUGGAGUAUGCAAGCACAUUACCUGCCGAGCUUCAAAGACUUCUCAAUACUAUCAGAGAGCUCGAUGAACGAUCUCAUUCAAUGAUAAAUCAAACCAGACAGCAAACGAAAUACUGUCUGGGAUUGGCAUCACAAAGUUCAAAGAGAGGAAAUGGCAGUACUUUUAAUAACAUUAACAAUGAAGAUGAUGAUGCUGUUGAGAGAAUGAGAAAGGAUAUCGAGGCAAAUCAGGAUAAUGCAUUAAGUUUGUGUACUGAGAAGGUUUUGUUAGCACGGCAAGCUUAUGACCUCAUAGACAGCCAUAUAAAACGAUUGGAUGAGGAUCUAAAUAACUUUGCAGAAGAUUUGAAGCAUGAGGGAAAAAUACCAGCAGAUGAACCAGCAGUUCUUCCUCCACAACCUAUAUUAGUCCCUAAACUUGAAAAACGCAAGUCCUUUUAUGGGACACCUCAAUCAAAAAGGAAUGAGUUUAGGGACAGGGAGUGGGAUCGAGAACGUGAAAGGGAUUUUGAGCUCAUGCCGCCUCCAGGAAUUAAGAAGGAUUUUAAUGUCUCUGUUGAUGUUGAUCAACCCAUUGAUCCAAAUGAACCUACUUACUGUGUCUGCCAUCAGGUGUCCUUUGGAGAUAUGAUUGCCUGUGAUAAUGAAAAUUGCGAAGGAGGUGAAUGGUUCCAUUAUGCAUGUGUUGGUCUAACGCCAGAGACGAGGUUCAGGGGAAAGUGGUAUUGUCCAACCUGCAGACAGCUACCCCAUUGUCAAUUAUGAUAUAUGCUUGUAUGGUAUCUACUGCUUUUUUGAAGUAUUCGUUGUUGGUCGAAAACAAAAAAAAAUGGCUAAUUUGAUCAAAUAGAGCCAAGUUUUGUAUGAUUAAUUUAAUUUAUAAAUCCAAACUUGGCAUUCAAUUAAACAAGAUAAAUAUGAAGAGCCUGUAUAUGUAUUCAAUUAUUUUUGAUAAAAGUAAUUCAAAAUUAACCGAUAUUUACCCCCC